GAAAGGAAAGCCAACGGAAAAGCAGCGAAAACUUCCUCACUCGAGGCAGCCAGGGCAGCUCCUCCUUCAACAGGCGGGGACGAAGCGGAGGACCGGUUGCUGAGACAGGCCGGAGCUGCACAUAGAAGCUCCGCGGGCCGCGCCGCGCAUGCCAGGGAGAGGGCCGACGGCAACGCCUAUGUGAUGUCAGCGCCGAGCGCAGCCCCGACUCGCCUCACCAAGUACCCGGCCACAACAGGACUACGCUGCGCGGGGAGCGGCGGCCCUGCGGUGCGCUGGGAAGUGUAGUCCUGCCGCCGCCGGGACUUUAAAGGUCCGGCGGGACGCGUCCCUCCGCCCUUUCCUCUCCCUAUGCCUCUCUUCUCUGCCGUCACAUAGGGCAGCUGCGCAAACCAUGCAGGAUGAUUUACUGAUGGACAAAAGCAAAGCCCAGCCCCAGCAGCAGCGGCAGCAGCAGCAGCAAGAUCCAAACUCAGCAGAAGCCCCCUCUACACCCAUCUCGUCGGAGACACCCAAAUCAGAAGACAACAGUUCAGUGACUAGUAUCGGCACAUCGGCUCCUUCCCAAAAUAGCAAGGAGAAGAUGCAGAUGGAGUCUCCCAUUUUGCCUGGCUUGAGCUUUCACCAGCCUCAACAAGAACCUGCAGCCGGCACCUCCUUGUCUCCCUCCUUUGGCAGCACCUGGUCUACAGGGACCACAAACACAGUGGAUGAUAGCUUUUUCCAAGGGAUUACUCCAGUCAAUGGGACAAUGCUUUUCCAGAAUUUUCCACACCAUGUCAACCCUGUCUUUGGUGGCACUUUCUCACCUCAAAUUGGCCUAGCUCAGACUCAACACCACCAACAUCAGCAGCAGCAGCAGCAAGCGCAGCAGCAGCAGCAGCGGAGGUCACCUGUAAGCCCUAAUCAGGCACCUUUCGCCCAGAGAAAUGCUGCUUACAGCCAUCAGCCCAUCAUGACCAGCAAACCGUCUUCCUCUUCUGCUUCCUCUUCUUCUUCCUCCAGCUGGAAUAACCAUCAAAACGCAGCCUGGAGUACACCUUCCAACCCUUGGGGUGGGCUGCAGGCUGGUAGGGACCCUCGAAGGGCAGUUGGAGUGGGGGUUGGUGUGGGAGUGGGAGUCGGCGUACCGUCCCCACUCAAUCCCAUUUCACCCCUUAAAAAACCGUUCUCCAGCAAUGUCAUUGCCCCUCCGAAGUUCCCCCGGGCUGCACCCUUAACCCCCAAAUCCUGGAUGGAAGACAACGCGUUCAGGACAGACAAUGGCAACAAUCUGUUGCCUUUUCAGGACCGGAAUAGGCCCUAUGACACUUUUAACUUGCACUCUUUGGAAAAUUCCUUAAUGGAUAUGAUAAGGACUGAUCAUGAGCCUCUGAAAGGUAAACACUACCCUCCCAGUGGCCCACCAAUGAGUUUCGCUGAUAUAAUGUGGAGGAAUCAUUUUACAGGGCGUAUGGGAAUAAACUUCCAUCAUCCAGGAACAGACAAUAUUAUGGCUCUUAAUAGUCGAUCUUCACUAUUUCCUUUUGAAGAUGGCUUCCUAGAUGACAGUCAUGGUGAUCAGUCCUUAUCAUCGGGUCUCAGCUCUCCAACACGCUGUCAGAAUGGUGAAAGAGUAGAACGCUAUUCUAGAAAGGUGUUUGUUGGAGGUCUUCCUCCUGACAUUGAUGAAGAUGAGAUCACUGCCAGCUUUCGUAGGUUUGGACCUCUUGUGGUGGACUGGCCUCACAAAGCUGAAAGCAAGUCAUAUUUUCCACCUAAAGGUUAUGCCUUUCUGCUCUUCCAGGAAGAAAGCUCUGUCCAGGCUCUGAUAGAUGCCUGUCUGGAAGAAGAUGGGAAACUUUACCUGUGUGUGUCAAGUCCCACAAUCAAGGAUAAACCAGUGCAAAUUCGACCUUGGAACCUAAGUGACAGUGACUUUGUGAUGGAUGGCUCUCAGCCUUUGGAUCCAAGAAAAACUAUCUUUGUUGGAGGAGUUCCACGGCCACUCCGAGCUGUUGAAUUGGCAAUGAUUAUGGACCGUUUAUAUGGAGGUGUCUGCUACGCUGGUAUUGAUACAGACCCAGAGUUGAAGUAUCCAAAAGGUGCUGGCAGAGUGGCUUUCUCCAAUCAGCAGAGCUAUAUUGCUGCUAUCAGCGCUCGCUUUGUCCAGCUCCAACAUAAUGACAUUGAUAAACGGGUGGAAGUGAAGCCAUAUGUGCUGGAUGACCAGAUGUGUGAUGAAUGCCAGGGCACUCGCUGUGGUGGAAAAUUUGCUCCGUUCUUUUGUGCCAACGUUACCUGUUUGCAGUAUUACUGCGAAUACUGCUGGGCAAGCAUACACUCUCGUGCUGGGCGAGAGUUCCACAAACCACUGGUAAAGGAGGGAGGUGACCGGCCCCGCCACGUCCCGUUCCGCUGGAGCUGAACCCCCGGCCUCGCCCAGCAACAAGUACUGGAGGAGAUAAAACCGAGUGAAGAGAGAGCGCUGCCUCAGGGCUUAGUGUUCUGGAAAUCUGUGCAUUUGUCCUCGACUUUAAUGAAGAUAUGGGUCUUUUUAUUACUAUUAUUAUUAUUUACAGUCACAUUACUGAACUCAGUGUCCAGUAUAAUACAAACCGGCAGAGUGUAACUGUACUGAUUUUGCACUUUGAUUCACACAAACAUCUGCUUGGUACCUUAAUUUCCUACACAAGACUUGUCACUAGUGACAUUACGUAGACUGCCAUUCUCAUCAGCCUUCACUGGGUUGAUGUGUAUGUGAUGAAGAUUUUUUUAUUAUAAUUAUAAUUAUUUUAUUUUUAAACUGGAGCAUGCACUUAUUUUCAGAAAUUUAGACUUGCCCCUAGCAGAUGACUUACCAAAGGUAAUAUUCACAAGUAGGUGGCAGAUGUAGCAGAAACUUAAACAGAUAUUCAGCAAUCAUUAGUUUGGGUCAUUUAGAGUAGUAAUAACCCUUAAAGAAAAUAAGCCUUUAGUUGCUCUCCAUUUUGACUUGUAAGGAUGAUACCUCAUAAGCUGGAUCAGACGUUUUUCUUUUGUUUUGCUGAGGUUUUUUUGUUUGUUUGUUUGUUUGUUUUGUUGUUUUGGUUUUGUUUUUUUUUUGUUAGGUCUUUUAGUGUUACGUAAAUGUAUGCUGCAAUAGCUUUUGCUGCUAUUAAAAUGGUAUUACUAAUACCAUAAUACUCUAUUCAGGCUAGGGUAUCAAUUAAAAAAUGAAUAUGUGAUUAAAAUAGUGAUGGCUGCUGAAAGGAGAUCAGUAUAGCAUACAGAAAAGCUUCCAAGGAAGGUCAAUAUUUUUUGACUGCAUGUUUACUUAAUCAGGUUGCUGCAUGCAAUAAAUUUUAUAUAUGUCUGAUAUAAAACCUGCCCACAAUGCACAAAUUAUGAAUCUACGUAGGCUACAAAAUACUCAGUAACAACAACAACAAAUUGAUUACUGACUGGAGGAAGGCAUGCCUCAGUAAAUGUAAUGCUUCUGAAAUUAGGAUCAGCCCAUUACAGAAUGACCUAUAUUACAACAAAUAUAAAAACUAGCUGUAGGAUAUUCUUAAAACAAAUUUGUGGAUGGUAGAUGAAGUACUUUGCGGUGCUCUGUUAUAUAUCGUGCAAUUUAUUUUAUAUAGUCAAGUGAUUAUGUCUAGUACUGUGAUCAAACUUAACUGUUAAAGCCUCUGUAUCCAACAUUAACACAUUUUUUACAGUUCAUAACAGGUACAUAAACAGAAAUGAGCUCUUAGUUACAAUCUCUCCUAAUGCUCGCAUCAUUUAUGUAGCUGCAGACCUUGUCCAGAAAACCAAAGAGCUCAUGCUAGCGUACAUACACUACCGAUUAGCUAGUCUGUCAAACUAAUAAACUAGGCACAUUUAAGAAAGUUAGGAAAAAAAGUGGUGCUAAAGAAAUGUCUGCAUACAAAAGUACAAUGAGAUGUCUGCUCUGUGGAUGUGGCGUUAUCUCUCUAAUCCCUGGAUGUAUCCUGUGAAGCUUGAAUACAAUUGAGACCUGCUAACACAGUGGACAUUUUUUUAGCAUGAACUAUGGGGCUGCAGAUAGCAUCUAAAUAUAAACACACUUGGAAUACUAAUGAGUGUGAGAAUGUGUACACUAUUUCUUUUCUUUUUUCCUCCUUUGUGGUUUUUUUUUUUUGCAGUUCUGGGGACAAUCUGACUGGAUAUGACACCGCACAGUAGAUUUAAAUGUUCUGGGUUUUGUUUGUCGUGCUGUCCUGUUUGUGUCUAAGUUAGUGAGCUGUUUUUCCUGACCCGAGUAUUGGCUUUGAAAGGAAAUUUUUUUUUUCUGUUUUUGGAGAAAAAAAAAAAAAGAAAAAAUAGUUUUUUACUGGUUUCAAAUGCUUAUUCUAGUUAUCCCUUUUGAAGUUACUUCUGGGCGGUUUUGUGAUAUUGCUUUUCCCAGCCCAGGUGUCUUUUCUGUUGUUUUUUUCAUCUGUACAAGACAUUUUGUUAUGCACUACUUUUUGUAUCUAGACAGUUUUCAACAGUUGGCUGAUGAUUUUUUUUAAAGAAAAAGGCAUGCUUUCUGACUGACAUGAUCUUUUGCAAUACCUCAAUUUUGAAAUAUA